AUGAUCGAAAUGCCUCCUCCUAAGCCUACCAAGCGGGUCAGAGACUGGAAUGCGUUUGUUCGCCAACCGGAUCCAAAGGUCACGACCGACAAAGUUGGAUCGACAAAGGAGCGGAUAAGAGGAAUUCAUCUUAAUUUUCAGAAAUGGGUACAAGAACUUGACAACAAAGACUAUAAAUAUUGGCUUGAAAAUAUCACGUUGAGGAUCGUCCAAGGCUUCUUUGAGUGGUAUUUGGAUGAGCAUAACCUCAAAUAUAGGUCUAGUUUCUUGACAAUGGCGCAUUUUUUCAGAAUGUACUGGAUGGAGGAAAGGGGUCUUGACCUUCCUCUAUAA